AUGGCGAAGCCUCGGCUCAUCAUCCUUAUCAGGCAUGCCCAGUCCGAAGGGAAUAAGAACCGCGAAAUCCACCAGACGAUUCCUGACCACCGCGUCAAGUUGACCCAAGAUGGCUGGCAACAAGCCUACGAUGCAGGCAGGCGCCUGCGCAAGAUGCUCCGCGCCGACGACACGCUGCACUUCUUCACCUCACCCUAUCGCCGCACAAGGGAGACCACCGAGGGGAUCCUGGCGACGCUGACCUCGGACGAGGCCGAGCCCUCGCCAUUCAAGCGGAACAACAUCAAGGUCUACGAAGAGCCUCGGCUUCGCGAGCAGGACUUUGGAAACUUCCAGCCAUGCUCCGCCGAGAUGGAGAGGAUGUGGCAGGAGCGCGCCGACUAUGGGCACUUCUUCUACAGGAUACCAAACGGCGAGAGCGCGGCGGAUGCCUAUGACCGUAUCAGCGGCUUCAACGAGAGUCUCUGGAGGCAGUUUGGCGAGGACGACUUUGCCAGCGUGUGUGUUCUAGUUACUCAUGGUUUGAUGUCACGCGUCUUCCUGAUGAAAUGGUACCACUUCAGCGUCGAGUACUUUGAAGAUCUGCGAAAUAUCAACCACUGCGAACUCCUCAUCAUGAACAAGCAGGAUAGUGGCAAGUACGUGCUGGAGAACAACCUACGGACAUGGUCCGAGCUGCGCAAAGAAAGGGCGCUGAAGAAAGGAAAGGAGAAGGAGAAGGAGAAGUCCGACACUGGCACCCCAGGCAGCAAGGACACGUCCAAGCUCGACAAGGCCCUGUCCGCAGACUCGCCGGUGAAACCGCCUCGGAGAUGGGGCGGCUGUCCCAACGGCUGCUCUCACGACAAGUCAUUCCGGCUGCGCUCCGCCCUCGCUGAGCUGGUGCAUCGUGAUGGAACCUCUGUACAUCCUAACCUCUCCGCCGCCCCGUCGCCGGUGACGACAACUGUCAGUGCCAGUUCUUCCCUGGCUGCUCUCGGCUUUGCCACACCCCCAACCACCAACGGUACAUCCACGCCAUCUUCCAAUCUCGGCACCCGACGCCCAGCAGCAAGGCGCUUCCAGUCCGAAGACGACUCAUCCUCUUCCGACGUUGAGGGCGAGCGUAACCGCACUCCGCAAAUAGACGUGGCCAAGGCCCGCGAGGAGACCGUCUCUAGCCCAGACGGGACGCCGAGCUUCAUCUCCGUGGACGACCGCCUCCGCGCCCAGGACAUGAAGAGCCCGCCGGCCAACGGCAAGACGCCCCUGGCUAUCUUACCGCUUCUGUCCGCGAGAGGACGAGACUUUGGUGGCACGCACAGCGGUCAAAGCAGCGACGUGGACUCGUCAGAGGACGACCGGGCCAGGCAGCGCAAACAGAGCAGCCUAGGGCUGAAGGUUGUCACGUCACGCGUCGCCGAGAUGAGCCUUAAUGCCGACGGGGACAGCGCGCCCGGCAGUGGCAAGCGGGACCAGUCGGGCAUGGGACGUGGGACAAUGGCCAACAGGCUAGGCGACUCGCCUGUGAGCAGCAGCUCAGGAUGCUGCGAGGAGCAUCAUCACCAGCUGGGCGAGCACAACAAUGAGAACGAACAUGCGGACGACGAGAGAGAAAAGGGAAAUGGUGACGAGGAUGACGCGGAUGAAAUAUCCGACGCCGAAAUUGACACAGCUGAGAGGGAGGAUCGCUCAAUCAAGGGGAGCGUUUACUAG